AUGACAUCCAAAUCGAUACCACAUCAUGUCGCCAUCACCACAACGCACACGGUUCAAUGCGCAGACCCAUCAUCGCUGUCCAAGAUUCCGUCGCCCAUGAAGCUCGGAGCCCUGGACCAACAAGUUUUCCCCAUCAUCCCUGUGGCGGUUGUCUUCGUGUACGACGCGGAUGAGAAGUCUCCGGGUGACACAAUUGCCGUCGAUAAGCUGCAGACGGCCCUUUCUCACCUCCUGGACUACUACCCGCACCUCACUGGCCGUCUGCACAUCGACUCCACGACCGGUACCCGCAGCAUCGACCGUCUCGGCAGCGGCGUCCACCUGCAUGUCGCACAAUGCUCCUCCCGCUUGGAUGCUCUACCCUCCCACGGCGGCCGCCUCACCCUCCUGGAUCUCCCCGACGGCGGCAACGCCCUCCUCGCACCCUACGAACCCACGCUCGAAGCCGUGUGCAGCGACCGCACGCCCAUCCUGUCCGUCCAGCACACGCGCUUCGCCUGCGGCGGCGUCGCGCUCGGCCUGCGCGCGCUGCACACCGUCUUCGACUCUGAUGCGUUUUUCCAGCUCGCCCGCGACCUCGCCGAGGUGUAUCGCUCCGCCGACGGCACGCUCGCCAACCCACCACCGCUCGAGGGCUACCUGGCGGACAAGCUGGACGACGGCAUGUCGCCCGAGGAGCGCGAGGAGGCCUUGAAGUUCAAACCGACGCUCUUCUUCGCCGAAGAACCUGGAAAGGAAGCCGCUGCUCCGGAAAAGACCGUGAAGAAGGACGAACCCACUGCUCCACCACCGCCGCCGCCGCCGCCCGUGACCGGCCGCACGAUGCGCUUCACCAGCGCGCAGCUGGCCCGGCUCAAGGCGGCCGCGAAGGACACGGCGGACGCCGAGAACGGGUGGGUGUCGACGUACGACGCCCUCUCGGCGCUGGUCUGGACGCGGACGCACUACGCGCGGGUGCAGCUGAAGAAGAGGACGAUGAAGAACGGAAAGGACAACGACGAGCAGCUCCCGUCCCGCGACUACCUGACAUCAGUCAACUACCGCUCCCGCCUCAACCUCCCGCCGCGGUACCCGUUCAACGCCGUCUACGCGCCCCACACAACACUUUCGCACGACACUCUCAUCGGAUUCGACCCGGAUGCCUCCCUACGCGCAGCCGCCCGCGCCGUGCACGCGCUGACGCGCAGCGUCGGGCCGGACGAAGCGGCGGCCACGGCGCGCUGGAUGGCGGCGCAGCCGGACAAGCGGUGCAUCCAGUGGGGCUUCAACGGCGGCUACGGGAGCACCAUGAUCAGCGCGUGGAACAAGUUCGACGUCUACGUCGGGACGGACUUUGAGGACGGCAGACCGCCGGUGCUGGUGGCGCCGCCGUUUACGCCGAUAUCGCUGGCGGAUGGGUUGGGGUAUUAUUUGCCGACGGAAGAGCAGCAGGAUGGGGGGAUUGAUUUUUAUCUCGCGUUGAGCGAGCCGGUCUGGGGGGUGCUGGAGGAGGAUGAGGUUUGGUUGAGGUAUAGGAGUUGA